GCCGCUAUUGGCCGCGCGCGCUUUGCUGUUUUGGCGCAGGUGCCGAAGCGAAACUUUUAACUUAUGCAAAUAACAACGAGCUGCUAUUAAACCGAAGUGCUGCUAAACACACCGGAGUGCGCAGAGGAAGAGUCUUACAUUCACCCAGUAAAUAAAAAGUUUAUUUUACUUCAUUUUACUGCGCGCUCGCACCUGUCACUGCUCUACAGGCAGCGUGAUGCCACAGGUAACAGGGGCUGUGAUUUUACAGUUUGCGGUGCUUCUGUGCGCCCUGCCCAUGCAGUAUCUCAUCACUGAGUGGACAAGUGGAACAGCAGCACAACGUCACCUCGCCACGCAGGGAAUUAUUGAUGCAUGGAAAGGUGUAAGAAAAUCAGUUCUAAACGUGUCAGUUUGGACAGACUGGCUUUCAUCUUGGAUUCCCAAACUGGAGUUUUUAGGGGAGGAGAAUGAACUGGAUGAUAUGCAUGGAGAGAUCGUAGUGCUGGAGAUGCUGAUGAACAGUAAUGAUCAGGGGUACUUUGCAGCCUCGAAGGAGCCUCGCAGGCCGAGGCCAGGGUACGUGUUGCACCGCGUCGGAGAGGUGGUCAUGGAGACCCAGAAUCACAUGGUUGGGGUGAUAGUGGGAUGGGAUGAAGGACUCCGAGCUCCUCCGGAAUGGAUGAGAAGGAAAAAAUACACAGAAUCAGAGGUGAAGAGAAUGGAGGAUACCCCACACUACAAAGUUCUGUUCAGUGGACCUGAUUCAUCCUCUCUGCUGAUUGGAUACCUGCCACAAAACGUUAUACAACUUUUUGAAGGGUACAGGCCGGACAUCCCCACUCUGGAUCAGUAUUUCUCCCACUUUGACGGAAGAAGGUUUGUAAUGCACGACUGGCUACAGAAGGUCUACCCUGAGGACUGAGAGAUCACAUCAGGACUAAACAGACUGUAUUCUGUGAUCAUAGUGAAGGUGUGAUAGUUCUCAACACAGUGGACGCAUUAAUGCAGCUGUUCCAGAUUAGCACUCGUCACUUUGAGUCCUGCUCUCGUCACCGCUGUGUGCCGUGGCAUUUCCUCCCGCUGAGUUCAUUUGAAGAACGGUUACAGAGCUUUAAUAAUAGUCCCACCUGUUGAUGAAACUUACACCGGCUAAAUGGAAAUGUAAGUGAGAAUAAUUCAGGGAUUAACAGUUAAUGCACUAUGUGAAUGUUUUCAUCAGUAUUGCAUUUUUAAUGGGUUGUAACUGCAUCAAAAAUUUUUUAAAAACACUGUUUUAGAAAGUGUCACAUAGGAAACAUAUUGUCUGUGUAAAUACACACGUGUCUGUCUGCUGGUUACAAACCAAAAAUAAAAAUAUCUGAGUUAUUUGUU